AUGGGGACCGCCUCGUCGCUCGUGAGCCCCGCGGGCGGGGAGGUGAUCGAGGACAUUUAUGGGGCGGGCGGCGGCGAGGCCUGCGAGAUCCCGGUAGAGGUGAAGCCCAAGGCCCGCCUGCUGCGCAGCUCGUUCCGCCGUGGCGCGGCAGCAGCGGCGGCGGGGGCAGGGCCCGGGUCGCUGCCCCGCGGGGCGGGUGGCGGCGGGCUGCUGGGGGCUAGCUUUAAGUCUACCGGCUCGUCCGUGCCCGAGCUGGAGUACGCUGCGGCUGAGUACGAGCGGCUGAAGAAGGAAUACGAGAUCUUCCGGGUCAGCAAGAAUCAGGAGUUGCUGUCCAUGGGCCGCCGCGAGGCCAAGCUGGACACGGAGAACAAGCGCCUGCGGGCCGAGCUGCAGGCCCUUCAAAAAACUUAUCAGAAAAUACUUCGGGAAAAGGAAAGUGCUUUAGAAGCAAAAUACCAAGCAAUGGAGAGGGCAGCGACAUUUGAACAUGACAGAGAUAAAGUGAAAAGGCAAUUCAAGAUUUUUAGGGAGACCAAGGAAAAUGAAAUCCAGGACUUACUGAGGGCUAAGCGAGAGUUGGAGAGCAAACUUCAGAGGCUCCAGGCUCAGGGCAUCCAAAUAUUUGAUCCUGGAGAGUCUGAUUCAGAUGACAACUGUACAGAUGGUACUGCUGCUGGAACCCGGUGUGAAUAUUGGACCGGAGGAGCCUUGGGAAGUGAACCUUCCAUAGGGAGUAUGAUCCAGCUUCAGCAGUCCUUCAGGGGCCCUGAGUUUGCCCAUAGUUCUAUAGAUGUGGAAGGACCCUUUGCAAAUGUCAACAGAGAUGACUGGGAUAUUGCCGUAGCUAGUUUAUUACAAGUUACUCCCUUGUUUUCACACUCUCUGUGGAGUAACGCUGUCAGAUGUUACCUCAUUCAUACGGAUGAAACCCAGCCUGAAAUGGAUCUUUUCCUGAAGGACUAUUCACCUAAACUUAAAAGAAUGUGUGAGACAAUGGGAUAUUUUUUCCAUGCUAUAUAUUUUCCAGUAGAUAUUGAAAAUCAAUACCUUGCUGUAAGAAAAUGGGAAAUUGAGAAGAGUUCAUUAGUUAUUUUAUUCAUUCAUUUAACUUUACCAAGCCUGUUAUUGGAAGACUGUGAAGAAGCUUUUCUGAAAAACGCUGAAGGCAAACCACGAUUAAUUUAUCAUCGCUUGGAGGAUGGGAAAGUCAGUUCCGACUCCGUCCAGCAACUGAUUGAUCAAGUUUCUAACCUGAACAAGACCAACAAAGCCAAGAUCAUUGAUCACUCCGGAGAUCCUACAGAAGGAGUAUAUAAAACUUAUAUUUAUGUGGAAAAGAUUAUUAAACAGGACAUCCUGGGCUCUGAGAACACAGACCCGGAGACUAAGGAUUUGGGCAGUGAAGAUUCUGUUCCAGAAGAUGAUGAUUUUGGUGAUGUUCUGUGGGACAUACAUGAUGAACAAGAGCAAAUGGAAACUUUUCAACAGGCUACAAAUUCAGCCCAUGAGUUGGGAUUUGAAAAAUAUUACCAACGCCUUAACGAUCUAGUGGCAGCCCCAGCACCAAUUCCACCCCUUCUUGUAUCUGGAGGACCAGGUUCUGGAAAGUCCCUUCUCUUAUCAAAGUGGAUUCAGUUACAACAGAAGAAUUCCCCUAACACGCUAAUUCUUUCUCAUUUUGUGGGAAGGCCCAUGUCAACCAGCUCCGAGUCCUCCUUGAUUAUUAAACGACUAACUCUAAAGUUGAUGCAGCACUCUUGGUCAGUAUCUGCUCUGACAUUGGAUCCAGCUAAGCUUCUGGAAGAAUUUCCACGCUGGCUAGAAAAACUCUCUGCCCGUCAUCAAGGCAGCAUCAUCAUCAUUAUUGAUUCUAUAGAUCAAGUUCAGCAAGUUGAAAAACACAUGAAAUGGCUGAUAGAUCCACUGCCAGUGAAUGUAAGAGUAAUUGUUUCUGUGAAUGUAGAAACAUGCCCUCCAGCGUGGAGGUUGUGGCCUACACUUCAUCUUGAUCCUUUAAAUCCAAAAGAUGCAAAAUCUAUUAUAAUUGCAGAGUGCCACUCUGUGGGCAUUAAAUUGAGUAAAGAGCAGGAGAAGAAGCUAGAACGACACUGUCGUUCUGCCACGACCUGCAAUGCCCUUUAUGUCACCCUUUUCGGCAAAAUGGUCUCACGUGCUGGGAGAGCAGGCAAUUUAGAUAAAAUCCUUCAUCAGUGUUUCCAGUGUCAAGAUACUAUUUCAUUAUAUAGACUUGCUCUGCGAUCUAUCCAGGAGUCCAUGGCAAAUGAUAUGGAUAAAGAACUAAUGAAACAGAUUCUCUGCCUCAUAAAUGUUAGUCACAAUGGCAUGAGUGAAUCAGAACUGAUGGAACUCUACCCUGAGCUGUCCUGGGUUGUCUUGACCUCCCUUGUUCACAGUUUACACAAAAUGUGCUUAUUGACUUAUGGUUGUGGCUUGCUCAAGUUUCAACAUCUACAGGCUUGGGAAACAGUAAGACUGGAAUACAUGGAAGGUCCCACCAUUAUUUCUUCAUGUAGGCAAAAGCUAAUCAACUAUUUCACCAUGCAGCUAAGUCAGGACCAAGUGACUUGGAGAAGUGCAGAUGAGCUCCCUUGGCUUUUUCAGCAGCAGGGAAGUAAACAGAAGUUGCAGGAUUGCCUUCUCAAUCUCUUUGUGUCUCAAAACCUUUAUAAAAGAGGACACUUUGCCGAGUUGCUGAGUUACUGGCAGUUUGUUGGCAAAGACAAAAGCGCAAUGGCAGCAGAAUACUUUGAUUCCUUGAAGCAGUAUGAGAAAACCUGUGAAGGCGAGGAGAACAUGAUUUGCUUGGCUGAUCUUUAUGAAACCCUGGGGCGAUUUCUCAAGGAUCUAGGCCUCCUCAGUCAGGCUGUGGUGCCUUUGCAGAGGUCCCUAGAAAUUCGAGAAACAGCUUUAGAUCCAGAUCACCCAAGAGUGGCUCAGUCCCUCCACCAACUAGCAAGUGUGUACGUGCAGUGGAAGAAGUUUGGCAAUGCAGAACAGCUGUAUAAACAGGCCUUAGAAAUCUCUGAAAAUGCUUAUGGUGCAGAACAUCCCCAUAUUGCUCGUGAACUUGAGGCACUGGCAACUUUGUACCAGAAACAAAAUAAAUACGAACAAGCUGAACAUUUUCGGAAAAAAUCCUUUAAAAUUCGUCAGAAGGCUACAAGGAGAAAAGGCAACUCGUAUGGAUUCGCCCUCUUACGUAGACGAGCCCUGCAGUUAGAAGAGCUCACACUAGGAAAGGACACACCUGACAAUGCUCGGACCCUCAAUGAGCUGGGCGUUCUCUACUAUCUUCAGAAUAACCUGGAAACAGCUGACCAGUUUCUGAAGCGGUCCUUAGAAAUGAGAGAGCGAGUCCUAGGACCAGAUCACCCCGACUGUGCCCAGUCUUUAAAUAAUCUGGCAGCUCUAUGCAAUGAAAAGAAACAGUAUGAUAAAGCAGAAGAACUUUAUGAAAGGGCUUUAGACAUUCGGAGACGAGCAUUAGCUCCUGAUCACCCUUCUUUGGCCUAUACAGUGAAACAUCUUGCAAUCUUGUAUAAGAAAAUGGGGAAACUUGACAAAGCUGUACCUUUGUAUGAGCUGGCUGUUGAAAUUCGGCAGAAAUCCUUUGGCCCAAAGCACCCCAGUGUAGCUACUGCCCUGGUGAACUUAGCUGUUCUCUAUAGCCAAAUGAAAAAACACAUUGAAGCCUUGCCAUUAUAUGAAAGAGCAUUAAAGAUUUAUGAGGACAGCCUGGGUCGGAUGCAUCCUCGAGUUGGAGAAACAUUAAAAAAUUUAGCCGUGCUUAGCUAUGAAGAAGGGGAUUUUGAAAAAGCUGCUGAACUAUACAAAAGGGCGAUGGAAAUAAAAGAAGCAGAAACGUCACUUUUGGGUGGAAAAGCUCCUUCCCGACACUCCUCAAGUGGAGACACAUUUAGCUUAAAAACAACCCAUUCUCCUAAUGUUUUCCUUCAAGGACAGAGGUAAUAGCAAUUACAAUUCA